AUGUCAAUGGGUGGGUUUUACCCGGACCAGAACCAUUAAAAUUGUUACGGUUCCAGAACCAGAACCGACCCAUUGCUUAAUGGAUCCACACCAGACCAGACCAUUAAGUGAAAAAUUAAAUGGUGUGGGUAGGGUAAUUACCCAUGGGUAUUAUAAGACCCAUAGACCCAAUAAUACCCAUUACCAAACUUAAAAAAGCCCAAAAAAGCCCAUGGUCUCAACUCUCAAACUCUCAAAUCUCAAUUGGAUCUGCACGCAGCCGCUUCACGCUCACUUCACCGGGUGAGACUCACCCCAAUUCUUCCGCCGCCGCUGCUCGCCUCCGCCGCCGUUGCUCGCCUCCGUCGCCGCUGCUCGCCUCCGCCGCUGAUUGGUGUCCCCUCGCCGCUGAUUGUUGUCGCGCUCUUUGGAAUUCGCUGCUCUCCGCCACGCCAGGAGUUCCUGCGCUCUCCUCCGCACGCCGCCGCGAAGCUGCUCCUGCACUCCUCAAGGAAACGAAGUAUUUGAAAGAGGAAAAAGAUGCGCUUUUGUUGUGGGCAUGUAGCUGGGCAGAGGAUGCUUCCAUGGAACCUUGUUCUUUCACUAGUGCUAAUUGAAUUUGUUUGCAAAUAUUUGGACAAUUUCACAAUCUACCUCAGUUGAUAUGAUAGGGAAGAGAUACAUAAUUUCCUUAUAUUUUGCAUGAAUUCUGUUGAAAUAUAUUUAUUGCACUCUGAUUUCAGUUAACAAUAUGUUACCAUGUCUAAA